GUUCGAGUCGGCCUCGGAUACAUCAGCCGGCAGCCGGUGAAAGUCUCAGACGCACGCCGAACUUCGAUCGAUGAGGACGUCGGCGCGGGCGCAGUGAUUCGCGAUCUAAUGGUGAUAAUGUUGUGAAGGGGAACAAACAAACAAACACGGUGCGCGUAAACAACGCGGCGUGAUAUCUCGACACUCAGCCGAUAGUGGGUGGUGCGCACUCCUGUUCUAGCUAGAUUCUAGCUCGCUCGCCACUGCCAGUCGUCGGUUACCUGUCGCCAGUUGGCACCAUGCUGACGGCGAGCUCCAUCGUGAUGCUGUCCUCGCUGGCCCUCGCGGCACCGGAUUUGCAGGCCAUCACGCCUCUACCAGAUGUCAACAAUACGCUGCCCGCCGAACAAUAUUUCAUUGAUAAGAUCUUCGAUAAAUAUGGAUAUAAAGGUGUCAUCACAUUCGAGGGUUUCGAGCAUUUGCUGGACAGUCUUGGUCUCGGCGGGCGGGUGUUCACGUCGCCGCAUGACCUGGCCAUCCACCGCGUGAAUGGCACAUUUCGGCAGCUGCACGAUACACAGCAUCGGCACAAACGAUCACCUGCAAUUGCGGAACCGAUUUUAAAGAAAUCAUGCCUAUCGCCGAAAGAAAUACUCGAAGUGUACGGGAUGGAGAACGAGCCCGGAGUCAUUACUAUCAAUCCGAAGACUUUCCUCGAAAUGUGUCCCGCCCUGGUAUACCAGCUCGACCAACGCUCCUGUUACAAGACUGAAGCGCCGCCGCCCAAACAAGAAAGAUAUUUGACCUGGAUUUACGCAAGUUUAAGCAUCUUAGUGAUCAGCGCAACCGGUCUUUUUGGAGUCGCAAUAGUACCUUUAUUAAAGUCAGCUAUAUUCAGUCACGUGUUACAUUUUCUAAUCGCGGUAGCCGUGGGAACUUUAUGCGGUGAUGCUUUGCUACAUUUGCUGCCUCAUGCUCUAAAGUCCCAUGGGCCGGCCUCCGAACCUCAAGAAGAAACAGAAGUCAUACUCAAAUGCAGCGUCACCUUUUUGACAAUACUGUUUUUCUAUUCGGUUGAAGCUAUCAUGCAAACUCUUAACGGUGGGCACGCGCAUUCGCAUGAUGCCCCGCAAGGAAAGACUGUCGAAGAAGUUAAGGUGGAUUCUGGCAAACAGACGGAACCGAUCGAGCUCGGGGCUAUGAUGCCUGGGUCACCUCCACCGCCGGUAGAGAGGCCCAUGACGUCUACAGCCCUCAUGGUGAUCGUCGGCGAUGGCCUGCACAACUUGACUGACGGUCUCGCGAUAGGCGCCGCCUUUAGUGGAGAUCCAGUGACAGGUUUCGCAACGGCCCUUGCCGUGUUUUGUCAUGAACUGCCUCACGAAUUAGGAGAUUUCGCAGUUCUGUUGCGUUCGGGCAUGAGUAUUAGACGCGCUCUUUAUUAUAAUCUUUUAUCUUCGGUGUUGAGUUUUAUGGGAAUGGCUGCCGGGAUCUGGCUAGCAGAAGACCACGAAUCAGCAUCGCAAUGGAUAUAUGCGGCUACAGCGGGAACGUUCUUCUAUAUAGCCCUUGCCGACUUAGUUCCUGAAAUUAACGAAAAUAAUCAUGGAAAAACUUUAAACUUAUUGUUUGCGGUACUCGGCAUACUCACGGGCGGUAUAAUUAUGCUCUUGAUUGCUCUGCACGAAGAUUCCAUACAGUAUCUAUUUAGAAGUUCGGAACAAUGAACAAAAUAACAAAUAAAGUACAUUCGUAUUGUGAUAUUUCUAUUAAGGUACCU